UCAGCAGGUACUCUAAGUACGUACUUAUAAGUGGUAAGUACUUUCUUCAAUUCGUGCGGCGUACGACAUAAUUUAUUCCGAUAAGCACAAGGUUUGAAACGCUCGUGUAAUUAGUAAUUAAGUCUAUACUUAAUUAGUAGGUAUAUACCUAGCCGGUCAUUUUUAACCUAAACAAAACAACCACAGUUUAAAUUAAUCAUUUACAGCUAGCGGAAAAUAUCUUCUUACGCGCCUGAAACAACUUUCAGAGCAAUCACUUUAUACGCUUGCGUUGCUAUAAAAACUUUACCAGGCGCUUUACACAAAGACACCAUAAAUACUUUUUCGACGCGACCAACGAAACCAUCGAUACGUGUCAAGUAAACGUCAAAACCAAGAUAUGACGGGGCUUGAGGAAUGAACUGGAAUUUCAUGUUCGCUGGUCGCCAGGAUGAGCCCAACGGAUGGACACGGGCCAGCAAUACGUUGAACAAGUGGCUAUGGGGGGCUUUGUGUUGUGGCUUGCCAGGAGUCCCUUGUUACUUCUGCAGCUGCUGUGAGAGGCGAGACGCGACCGGCGAGAGGGAACGGCCCAGUGUUAACCAGGCCACGGCAACAGCGGAGCGGAUGAUGCGCCCUCACCGCCCCCAUGCGCCGACGGGGCGCAAAUGCACUCCAGAGACGCUCUCAGCUGUCCGUUGCGCCCUAUCUCAGCUACAAGGCGAGCCAGCGCCCCCAAAACUAACCGCCGUCGCACAGCCACAACAUAUACAAGUUCAACCCGGCUAGGGCACACUAAACGAGGCCUAACGCCGCUCUAUACAAGGCCUAACGCCGCUCUAUACAAGGCCUAACGCCGCUCUAUACAAGGCCUAUCGCCGCUUUAUACAAGGCCUAACGCCACUCUAGGCCUCAGUCACCUUGAAAUAUGGGUUGAGGAUGGACUUCCUAUUGAUAUUUGGGAACCUUUUAAAGGGAUGGAUUGGCACAUAACAUAAGCUUACGACUUUAUCCCAAUUGGGGUAGUCAAAGAUACAUCCUUUGCAAGAUGAACUAAGUAACAACACCUCACCGAGCUUUCUGUGGACACUGACAUUUGGGAGAAUUCCUAUGGAACAUAAUUCCGCUUCCAAUUAAAUGCUUUGGGAUGUAAUGGUGCCAAUUCCUGUAAACACCAUCUAAUUUUAUUUUUAAGUUAUAUCUGUCGUUUUCUUAUCCGCCGAAAAAGAAAGGGACGGAUAAUCGACAAGCAUAAAAUUUCUGACAGAAUUAAGUUGACAGCACAUGUCAAACGGUUUGCAUACCAGCGAGAUACCUUUUUGAUUCGCCCGGGUUAUUCAUUAAUUUACUCAUUCUUCCUAAAAUUAAGAACUGUCAAUCAUCCGUCCCUUUCCUUUUCGGCGGAUAAGAAAAUGACAGGUAUAACUUAAAGUAAAAUUAGGAGAUGUCUGCAGGAAUCGAGGGCAUUGUUGACUUCCCGUUGACUAACCAGAAUUAUCAUUCGCGUAAAUGAGUAUUUCAGUUUACAGUUUACUUUGUAAGUACUUACAUUUCUUCCAAAACUCGGCUAUUCUUCGAACAAGCAGGUAAUACAAAAAAACA